UUAAUUGUUUUUUUGGAGAUUUUGAGUAAGGUCGGAAAUUUCAUAUAAAAUCUUCUCAAAAAUAAUAAUUAGAGAAGCAUAUGGUUCUUUCUUUAGGUUCAACCUGAAACAAUUUUUUUUUUUUUUGUCAAACGAUAGAUUUUGUUAGAUCAGUCACCUACUGGAUUUGAAUUCACAUCAUCAUGCAAGAGCUCAACACAUUUCCAUCAUUGUAGUUAAGAGCCGCUUGCCCCCUCUCUCUCUCACUAAGUGGGUAUUUUAAACCACUAAUUACUAAAUUUAGCUUUUUUUCUUCCGCAAAAUUUCAUUUCUUGCAACAAACCAGCUGACUUCCUCACUACAAGCAAUCGCCUUCAUUUCGCAGCAUCGAAAGAGUCUGAGACGGCAAUCUGGAAUCUACACGAAACAAACAAGAGAGGAGAGAAGCAGAAAAUGGCCGGGUUUUGCGAAAUGCCGGAAGCAAUGGUGCUGCAGAUCUUGUCAUGGCUCCCUCCGAAAUCUCUGAUGCGAUUCAGAUGCGUCCGCAAGUCGUGGUACAAGUUCAUCAACAACCCUAGCUUUGUGGACGUGCACCUCUCCAAAUCCAUCGACAACAGUUUCCAAUCCUCCACAUGCAUCCUUUUCAAGCGUUACGUCCUCAACGAUGCAGACAAUGGCUCGAAGAAAAUUUUGCUGUCACUUAUAGAUCUUUGCAACGUCAACAACAGUGAUGUCUAUUACCUUCAAGAUCUCAACCUCAAUGUUCCAAUUUCUCUAGGGCUAAGGCAUGAGUAUCUAGACAUUGCAGGCCACUGUCACGGAAUUAUCUGCUUAACUGAUUACUCCGAGAAAGUUUUUCUAUGCAACCCGGCUCUAAAGGAAUCGAAGCUUCUUCCCAAGUCGUGCCUUCGUCUACCUCCCCCGAAAGAAAUAAACAUAUUACAGUCCACAGGAAUCGCCGUGGGAUUUGGCUACGAUCGCAAAGCGAAGGAUUACAAAGUCGUUAGAAUCGUAAUGCAUUUCGAGGGUUUUUGGAUUUUGUUUCACCCUCACACGGCAGAGGUAUACACUAUGAGUUCUAACUCUUGGAGAGAGAUCAAAGUUGAUAUACCUAGUAGUGUGGUUUGGUGUCCUUCUUCUCAAAUGUACUUCAAGGGUUUUUACUAUUGGUUUGCCAUAGAGCUGGACAAGCAAACCCUAGACGAAAACAAGAAGGUCAUCCUUUCAUUCAACAUGGAUGACGAAUUAUUUUCUGACAUACCCGUGCCAGAAAGUUUACAGGAUACAAAAGAAUGUUACGGAAGCCUUGCAGUAUGGAAUGGAUCUAUCGCUCUUUUUUCUGUUCACGUAGAAAGCGGGGUUCGUAAAUCGAUUGGUAUAUGGGAAAUGAAUGAUUUGGAUGGUUCUUGGACGAAACACUUAACCAUCGUGCCGAUUGCAGGAUUUGGAAUGCCAUUGACGUUUUGGAACAGUGACGAACUUGUUAUGGUUGCCGCAGAUGGACGUGUAGUUUCCCACAAUUUCGUUACCAAGAUGCUUAAAGAACUUCCUGUUAGUGGCGUGUUUUUAGAACGUUUCCAAGCGUUUGUGUAUGUGUAUAGUCUCGUUUCAGUGAAAUGAGAGCUCAUCCUCCUGUUUCAUUCUUAAAACUAUCAAUUCAAAUUCA